AUGCUGCCGCUUGUCCUGUAUGAUAUCCUCUCUGAUCUACCAGGCAAUAAUUGGUCAACCAACCCCGCGAAGCCGAGGUUCGUUUUGAGCUACAAGGAUAUUCCGUUCGUGACCCUCUGGGUCGAAUACUCAGACAUCCCCAUCGCUAUGAAGGCCAUCGGUGCAAAGCCAAACAAACGCAGAAACGGCUCGGACAUCUACACCGUCCCCGUUCUCAGCGACCCCAACACUGGCGCCCUCAUCACCGACUCCCUCGAAAUUGCCUCCUACCUCGAAAAGACAUAUCCCGAGAAGCCUAUCUUCCCAAGUAACUCAGAACCCCAGAUACGCACGUUCGAUUCUGCCUAUCCGAGCCUCAUUCGACCUGCCAUUAAGUUCAUCCUCGCGCGCUGCACGGAAAUAUUAAGUCCCGCCAGUGCGAAGUUCUUCAUGGGAGCUCGUUCGGUGGAUAUCCCACUGCCUUGGGAUGCGACGCGCGAUGCGGAUUGGGAGCUACUAGAGAAGGGGCACAAUACUGCGUAUGAUUGGUACCAGAAGAACAUCAUCGUCGCUUGUUGGCUGCUGACAUUCAAACGAGUGUUGAAGGAGGAUGAGUGGGCUAGGAUCAGUUCUUGGAAUGGGGGGAAAUGGGCUCAAGUCCUUGCAGAUGUUGAGAAAGAGUGUAAAUUGGCUUAG